GCGGAUGCCGUGUACAUCUUCAUACAUCAUUUCGAUAUAGAUAAAGAUACUCCAUACCUUACCGUUAUCUCUUGAAUAGAACAGUUCCAUCAACUAGCUUGACAGGAUUGAAAUGUUACAUUUUAGGGUUACGUUAGUGCUGAAGGAGUUGUAUAAAUCCAACCUCUCGCGUCCUUUUUCAGGUACAGCUAGAAAUAAGACGUCACUAACCGCCUCUUACUGCUUCAGCACCGCCUGUGCCAAUGUCAAAUUGGGGUCCAAUUUAAAGUCCCUCCGUCUUGGGGGACACCUGCCGGCGUGGUCCAACUCAUGUGGGGCAAGAUACCUGUGCUCGAAGACAGAUGCCGGUUCAGGAACCGCGGCUGAGAAUGCAAAAAAUGAACUCAGCAAAGAAGAAAAGAGAAGGAAGGCGGGCAUCCUACCCAGCUUGGAAGACCUUCUCUUCUACACCAUCGCAGAGGGCCAGGAGAAGAUCCCUGCACACAAGUUCACCACGGCUCUGAAAGCCACAGGGCUAUGGACGGGCGACCCCAGACUGAAGGAAUGUAUGGAGAUGCUGAAGAUGACGCUCAAGACCACCUCAGACGGAGCUCUGGAUCGCCACCUCUUCAAAAAGUGUGUCCAGAGCAACAUAGUGCUGCUCACUCAGGCGUUCCGAAAGAAGUUUGUCAUCCCAGAUUUCCAGUCCUUCACCUCCCACAUCGACGAAAUUUACGAUGGUGCCAAAUUGCGCUCUGGGGGCAAGGUGGCUGACUACAUCCCUCAGCUGGCCAAGUUCAGUCCAGACCUGUGGGGGGUGGCCCUGUGCACCGUGGAUGGUCAAAGAUUUACGACGGGCGACACCAAGGUCCCGUUCUGCCUGCAGUCGUGUGUGAAGCCGCUGAAGUACGCGAUCGCCGUGCACGACCACGGCACAGACUACGUGCACCGCUUCAUCGGCAAGGAGCCCAGCGGCCUGCGCUUCAACAAGCUCUUCCUCAACGAGGAAGAUAAACCCCACAAUCCUAUGGUUAACGCUGGAGCUAUUGUCUGCACCUCCCUCAUUAAGUCAGGAGCAAGCAACGCAGAGAAGUUUGACUAUGUCAUGAACUUCAUGAAUAAGCUGGCAGGAAAUGAAUACGUGGGCUUCAGUAAUGCCACGUUCCAGUCGGAGCGAUUGUCUGGUGACAGGAACUUUGCCAUCGGCUAUUACUUGAAGGAGAAAAAGUGUUUCCCAGAGGGGACAGACAUGACCGCCAUCUUGGACUUCUACUUCCAGCUGUGUUCCAUUGAGGUGACUUGUGAGAGCGCCAGCGUCAUGGCUGCCACGCUGGCCAACGGCGGCUUCUGUCCAAUCACAGGAGAGCGCGUGCUGAACCCCGAAGCCGUGCGGAACACGCUGAGUCUCAUGCACUCCUGCGGCAUGUACGACUUCUCUGGGCAGUUCGCUUUCCACGUGGGCUUGCCAGCUAAAUCUGGAGUGGCUGGGGGCAUCCUGCUGGUGGUACCCAACGUCAUGGGCAUCAUGUGCUGGUCCCCACCUCUGGACAAGCUCGGCAACAGCGUACGCGGCAUCCAGUUCUGCACGGAUCUGGUGCAUCUCUGCAACUUCCACAAUUACGACAACCUGAGGCACUUCGCCAAGAAGCUGGACCCGCGCCGGGAGGGCGGCGACCAGAGGGUGAAGUCCGUCAUCAACCUACUCUUCGCCGCCUACACCGGGGACGUGUCUGCUCUGAGGAGGUUUGCCCUCUCUUCCAUGGACAUGGAGCAGAGAGACUAUGAUUCCAGGACUGCACUUCACGUAGCUGCAGCGGAAGGACAUGCUGAAGUGGUCAGGUUUUUGCUUGAGGCCUGCAAAGUGAACCCUGUGCCCAAAGACAGGUGGGGCAACACGCCCAUGGAUGAAGCGGUGCACUUUGGUCACCAUGACGUGGUGACGAUUCUGCAGGACUACUGUACCAAGUACAGUCCCCCGGAGCCAGCGGCAGACAAGGAGACCGCCGAGAAGAACCUGGACGGGUUGCUGUAGAAACACUACUCACCCAUAACCCUCUGCCACCCCAAGUCCAACCCCCUGACUAUUUAAGGCGUUUGUGUUUGUGUGUGAGUGUGUAAGUGUAAGUGUGUGUGUGUGAGUGUGUACAGUAUGUGUGUGUGUGUGUGUGUGUGUGCGUGUGUGCGCGAGUGUCUGUGUGAGAGUGCAGCUCCAUGGUCAUCUCACUGGUAGUGUAGCAGUGGAUGGUUCGUCAUUGAACGUUGAAACUUUGUACAAGUUACUGUAUUUUUAAGACGAGGAAGAAGACGACGACGGAGAAGAAGAAGAAGAAAAAACUAAAAAUAUUUUAUAGCUGUGUUUGUUUACCUGUUCAUGGUUUGGUUGUGAUAUUUUCUCGCUUGGCUUUUUUUUUGUUUUUGGUUUGUUUGUUUGUUUGUUUGUUUAUUUAUUUGUUUGUUUGUUUGUUUUUAUUUCGCUGUGUUUAGUUGUUAGUACUGCACACUCCCCAAUCCCAGAUAGUGGAUGACUGUGGGAUGGAUCUUACACUAGCCCAGCGCUGGUUAAUGGUUCGUUUUCUUGUCAUUUCCUAUCUGCGUCGUAGUAUUUCUCAUUGUGACCACUGUGUGGAACAUGGACUCCACGCAACGCGUACAUACUCACUUUCCUCUCUGUAAUAGUGAAAACAUAUUUAAGGUAUAUAAAUAUAUGUGUAUAAAUAUAUGGAGAUAUAAAUUUGUAUAUUAAUGUAUUGUUAAGAUGUCACAAAAAAAAAUCUACUUUUAGCGCCCUCUAGAGUCCUUCUAGAGCCGCAGUGAGAGGAUCUAACAUAAACAGAUUUAAUGUGAA